AUGUCGACAAAGAGUACGAAGAUGAACUGUCUGAAUUGUCCGAUAAUUGCGAUCAACGUCUACAUUUGGUACUUUUGGUCGUACAUUUUGAAACACGAUUUCAGGCGUUAUGUAGGAACCAUUCCCGGACUUAUAAUGAAUUCGUUCAUGUUCACUGAGGUUUACAUGUCAAGAGGCGAUUUCGAGCAAAUGAUCGUUAACGCAUACUUCGCUGUGCUCGUGUUUGAUGUGAUACUGCGUCCAGUAUUUGUGGUGUACAUUCGCGAAAAAUUGGAGAAAUUUUUAGAGAAAAUAUCGUUUAUGUACAAGGAAAUGGAAAAAAGUGAUGACCACGUAGCGCUGGGAAUAGUUUCGAGGCUCACGAAGCGAGCAAGAACGCUAUCUAUCGGCAAUAUUAUAGUUACAUGCACCACCGCAGUAUGUCUCAUUAUUUUUCCGCUGUUUAGUAGCAACCGUAGAAUGUUGUUCAGUAUGUACAUUCCCGGGGUAAAUGUCUCAGCUUCGCCUCAGUAUGAAAUUUUAUACGCUAUGCAGGCACUUUGGAUGUUUCCCGCCUGCGGAAUGUACCUUCCAUUCACUAAUUUAUUUAUGUGUACUACGACCUUCGGAGUCAUUCAGAUAAAAACAUUACAACACCAGUUGACAACACUCAAAGAUACUGUGAAGAACAAGGAUGGAAAGAAUCUGGACAACACUAUGAAUAAGAUCAUUGAAACUCAUCUGCAGAUCAAAGAUUAUGUGUAUGAGUUGAACUCCAUAUUCACCAACGUAUGCUUUUAUGAGUUUAUGACUUUUGGGGUUUUGGUUUGCUCCUUGCUGUUUCUACUGAAUACGAGCGCAGAUAACAGUCAGGUGUUCGUCAUUGUGCCCUAUUCUGUUACAACAAUGACGCAAGUAUUCGUGUUCUACUGGCACGCAAAUGAGGUUCGCGAGGAAAGCAUGAAAAUCGCUGAAGCUGCUUACAACGGACCUGUAUGGACAAGGAGGAAUCGAUCAAAAAAAAGCUUCUACCGAUCAGUCUUAGUGCUCAACGUCCACUGGAGCUAA